UCACUUUGUUACUAACUCAAAUUCCUUUGCAGAAAUUUAGCUUAAGGACAAAAAAAUAAGAAAAAGGUGACAGUUGAUAUCCCAAACAGCUCUAUUCAAGUUUAUGAAUGAUUUACACUUAAAGGUGGCAGGACUUAAUGCAAAUGAACGAAGAGGAAACUGUCAGCUGCAUUGUGGUUCAACCAAUAGAAGCACAGCUCCAUCUUGGAUGUGCACCGGACUGCAUUACAAACAGACGAUACCAUCGCUUCAACAGCAGCCUUCAGACGAGAGGUCACCUGUCCUCGAAGUUUAAAGGACUGGAAAUAGAAAUACACUGAGCCAACAAGGUGAGAAGGAUCCACAAAGAUUCAAAAGAACAAUACAAGAAGUAGAAUCCCUAAGAAUGGCCUCCCUGAGCUCCAGCCUCUGGAAUGAAACCACUACAUCUGUUUAUCAGUACCUUGGUUUUCAAGUUCAAAAAAUUUACCCUUUUCAUGAUAACUGGAACACUGCCUGCUUUGUCAUUCUGCUUUUAUUUAUAUUUACAGUGGCAUCUUUAGUGGUGUUGGCUUUCCUGUAUGAAGUGCUUGACUGUUGCUGCUGUGUAAAAAACAAAACUGUGAAAGACGUGAAAAGUGAACCUAACCCUCUUAGAAGCAUGAUGGACAACAUCAGAAAACGUGAAAUUGAAGUGGUCUAGCACUCUACCUAAAACGAACAAAAAUCUCUGAAAACAGCCUUCAACUACUAAGAAAAAAAGGAUAAUUUUCUGAGGCCAACUGUUAUUAUGAAAAUUGACUCUGAAUGAUUAAAAGAUUUCUAAAAGAAGGGAAAAACAAGUCAAAUAUGCACUUUUUGUGUGUGUAUCCCUUUCAUUAAAUGUACAGUAAAACUUCACAAAUGUAAGUUACCAAUCUACUUAAAAUGACAAUUCAAAAACUGGAUAAAAGAUUCCUAGAUUUCAAUAUUAAACAACAAAAGGUAAGCCAGAAAACAUAAGCAAGAUCAAAUAACUCUGACCUAAACGAACGAUGUAGACUAACAAACUACCCUCCAUGUGUUUUGGUAAUAAAAAUGCUAUCUAAAAUGCUUACCUAAAUCCAAAGUAAAUAAUUCUACUCACACAUAAAAUCCCUACUUAUUAAAAAGAAGUACAUUCUAGGUUACUGAGGACAACUUAAACAUUUUUUAAAGACUUAAGUUUUAUGUAGGGAUUAGUGUGGAAAAAAGUCUCAAAAUAGAAAGAUCACAAGUAUACUUGCAUAAAAUUUUCAUAAAACUGUUUAAUAAGAAACACAUGGUGUAAGAAGGACCAGGCUAUUUUCAACUAAAACUUACUAGUAUACCCCCUUAAUUGUAUUUGCUGAGCUUUUUCUUUCAUUUUGCUGCUCAUAUUCAUAUUCUCAAGGGCUAAGACACACAAUGUUGAAAAGACUACCUAAAAAAAAAAAAAAAAAAAAGGCGAAAGACAGGAACACAUAACACCUGUCAAGAAAUACUGCAGUUUUAUUUCUUGGAAUUACAAGGGUUGUACAGAUAUUAUAUUUUAUAACCCUAAUGCUAUUUUGCUACCACCCAUGAGCAAACCUAAGCAUGCUCUUAACCACCACAACUGCCCUUAACCAGAAAUAUCAUUCCUGGAAAUUUACCCUGAGAAAUCAGUUCAAAAGAAAAAAACUCAAGAUACAAAGAGAUUUCUAAAAACAUUACUCAAAAUAACAACAAAAAAAUAGAAAUAACAGCCUUUAAAUAUGAU